AUGAAAGGCUAUGGACACAUUGCACCGAAGACGCACAUGGGUAAAAUAUCGACGAUAUUUUAUGCCAUCCUCGGAAUCCCUUUGAUGCUGCUUUGUCUAUCCAAUAUUGGUGACAUUAUGGCGAGCUCGUUCAGGUUCCUUUAUUGGAGAGUUUGCUGCUACGUGUGCACCCGAGAACCAAAACGAUCCAAUUCUAGACGCAGCCGAAGCAACCGGGGCACAGUUCGACAAGGACGAAGCUCUAUGCGUUCGCAACCACCAAGCAUCCGGCGGUCGGUUCGGAACUCUCAACGGUCGGCUGAUUCAGGUUUCGAUCCUUAUUACGAUCCUGGCAUGGCCCACGCUUACUCCGAUACGGACUGCAGAUAUAACGAUGGUGCAUACUAUCCAGAGGCUGACCGGGGUAUGCAUCGACCGAUGAAUGUCCCACCUCCUCAUUAUAGCAGCCAAAAUGUCGCGGGUGGUCGUGGUGGAGAUCGAUUCCGAGAGAGGGCAACAAUGGACCGGGAACGUGCUUAUCAAGAUCAGGUCGAUAGUUACGGUGAUGAGGAAUUUAUGUCCACACCCCAACAAAUGAAGAGACAGAUGCGAGGCGAGUCUAUGGGAAGAGAUAUGGGUCACAAUAGAGGGUCGCAAAAUUCCCGGAAUUCCGAUGGCAAUUAUGUCGCUGGUAAUAGGAAUAGUAUGCAAAAAUCUCCUGCUGCUGUGAGAGCUCAAUCGCUAGACCGGCGCAUGUUUCGCCGUGAUCCACAGAUGGUAGAUUUUGACGAAGAAGGUGAACCCGGUAAGACUCCAAUCCUGUGCAACAAAUAUGCUUUGGACGAUAUGGAAGAGCGAAGCAGUCCUGGAGGGCCACGAGGAAUCGGAGGAGGAAGUGACGGUCGAAUGCCGAUGAAUCCUCGCAGUCAAUCAAUGCCACGUCAGUCACGUUAUGGCGACCGUCUGAUGCCGGAUCGAAUGCCCUAUUAUAAUGAGGAAAAUGAAAUGGCAAUGCAAGCAGCACGGAAGCAGCCACUACCGCCACCGGGUAAACGUCGUGAUUUGCGUCCUGUGCCAUCACCAUCGCCACGCAUAAUGUCACCAAUGGGAUUUGCGGUUCACCGACAAGCGCGUCAUCUCCAGAACGUAAUUGACGACAACUCGUUGUGUGACGAAGACUGGGACAUCCGCAGCGGGGAACUGCCACCUUCGUCCAUCGUCCGCCCGGUGCCUAUCUGGUUGUGCGUCUUUCUGGUUGUCAGCUACAUCAUUGCAGGUGCUUUCAUGUUCUCCAAGUGGGAAGAGUGGUCUUUCCUGGAUUCAGCUUAUUUCUGUUUCAUCACGCUAACCACCAUCGGAUUCGGUGAUUUCGUCCCAGCACAGGGAGUGAAAAACGAUUCAGAAGUUUCCAUCGCCCUGUGUUCACUGUAUUUGCUCUUCGGUAUCGCCCUACUGGCGAUGAGCUUCAAUCUGGUGCAAGAGGAAGUUAUCUCCAACGUGAAGAGCGUUGCCCGAAGGCUAGGCAUUCUAAAGGAAGAAGAGGUGGACGAUUGAAAAAAAAGCUUCUUCGGGGUGAUUUCUUUUUCAGUCGAAGCGAAAGCCAAACCAGUGCCCGCCCCACUACAAAAGCUAUUGAUGAAGGAGAAAACAACAUAGGAAACUGUAUUUUUUUUUAUCUUACUCGGAAGCAUU